AGUGAAGACAGUAGUCCAGAGAGGGAGGUGGAAGCUACAGGAAGCUAAAGCUGUGUGUAUUUGUGGAUCAGACAAGUGCAGCAAGUUAAUAUCAUUGGCUUCUGAAGGGGAGAGUGAGGUGAUGGCUGCGUUUAAGUUGGAUUUCCUUCCAGAAAUGAUGGUGGAUCAUUGCUCUUUGAAUUCCAGCCCCGUCUCAAAGAAAAUGAACGGCACCCUGGACCACCCAGACCAACCAGAUCUUGAUGCUAUCAAGAUGUUUGUGGGCCAGGUUCCAAGGACCUGGUCUGAGAAGGACUUGAGGGAACUGUUUGAACAGUAUGGUGCUGUCUAUGAAAUCAACGUCCUAAGGGAUAGGAGCCAAAACCCUCCUCAGAGCAAAGGGUGCUGUUUUGUUACAUUUUACACCCGAAAAGCUGCAUUAGAAGCUCAGAAUGCUCUUCACAACAUGAAGGUCCUCCCAGGGAUGCAUCAUCCUAUACAAAUGAAACCUGCCGACAGUGAGAAGAAUAAUGCAGUGGAAGACAGGAAGCUGUUUAUUGGUAUGAUUUCCAAGAAGUGCACUGAAAAUGACAUCCGAGUUAUGUUCUCUUCAUUUGGACAGAUUGAAGAAUGCCGGAUAUUGAGGGGACCUGAUGGCCUGAGCCGAGGUUGUGCGUUUGUGACUUUUACAACAAGAGCCAUGGCACAGACAGCUAUCAAGGCGAUGCACCAAGCACAGACCAUGGAGGGUUGCUCCUCCCCCAUGGUGGUAAAAUUUGCUGAUACACAGAAGGACAAAGAACAGAAGAGAAUGGCCCAGCAGCUUCAGCAGCAGAUGCAGCAAAUCAGCGCAGCAUCUGUGUGGGGAAACCUUGCUGGUCUCAAUACUCUUGGACCCCAGUAUUUAGCACUUUAUUUGCAGCUCCUUCAGCAGACUGCCUCCUCUGGGAACCUCAACACCCUGAGCAGCCUCCACCCAAUGGGAGGGUUAAAUGCAAUGCAGUUACAGAAUUUGGCUGCACUAGCUGCUGCAGCUAGUGCAGCUCAGAACACACCAAGUGGUACCAAUGCUCUCACUACAUCCAGCAGUCCCCUCAGCGUACUCACCAGUUCAGCAGGGUCCUCGCCGAGCUCCAGCAGCAGCAGCUCUGUCAAUCCCAUCGCCUCCCUUGGAGCCCUGCAGACAUUAGCUGGAGCAACAGCAGGCCUCAAUGUCAGCUCUUUGGCAGGGAUGGCUGCUUUAAAUGGUGGGCUGGGCAGCAGUGGCCUUUCCAACGGCACCGGGAGCACCAUGGAGGCCCUCACGCAGGCCUACUCGGGGAUCCAGCAGUAUGCUGCAGCGGCACUCCCCACUCUGUACAACCAGAACCUGUUGACACAGCAGAGUAUUGGUGCUGCUGGAAGCCAGAAGGAAGGUCCAGAAGGAGCCAAUCUGUUCAUCUACCACCUGCCCCAGGAGUUUGGAGACCAGGACCUGCUGCAGAUGUUUAUGCCCUUUGGGAAUGUCGUGUCUGCCAAGGUUUUUAUAGACAAGCAGACAAACCUGAGCAAGUGUUUCGGUUUCGUAAGUUACGACAAUCCCGUUUCGGCUCAGGCUGCCAUCCAGUCCAUGAAUGGCUUCCAGAUUGGCAUGAAGCGGCUUAAAGUGCAGCUCAAACGUUCGAAGAAUGACAGCAAGCCCUACUGAGCGUGCUCCCCUCUGAGACUGGAGUGAGAGGGUCUUCUGGUAAGUGGGGGAGGAGCACCCGUAAUGAUUCGAAGCCCUAAGGCUGUGUGUUGACAGCCCCGGACCCUGAUCCCUGCCACUCUCGCAGGCACAGCUUGCCCCGAAGACGCGGCUACUGCCUUCUGUGGGAAUUUCGCUUCGUACAGAGGACAAGUUUGUGCUUUGGUUUCCAGUGUUUUACUUUGGAGUUUAGGUGCCAUAUCCUGAGGUUUUUUUUGUUUUUUGUUUUUUUUUUCUUUAUUUAAAAGUUUGCUGUGUUUGUAACCAGUGUGUGUUGAGAAGGACCAACAUCAAACUGCCCUGGGGGAGGAGGGGGCAUAGAGAAACAUUAAAAAAGAUCAGAAUUUGUCGCAAACCACCCCAAGAGAGGACUGAGUAAAACAAAAAAUUGACCCCCAACAUCUUCCUGAGCGCGAGAGUGGGUGAAAUGAGAACUGACAUCCAAGAGCUUUUGGGGGGCGGAGGAGGUGGGGUUGACUUUGGAGAGUGAGAGUGACUUGACACCCAACAGCCCUGGGAGCUGGAGGCGAAAACUCCUUGAGAGCUGCCUUCUGUGGAAAUACUGAGUUCUUGCCACCUUUUUUUUUUAGAUUUUUGUCUGGGAUUUCCGCCCCUCUUUCUUAAGAAGGGGCUAACAAUUCUCUGGAAAUAAAGCACCUGAUACAUUAGCCUGACAUACGCAAAAAGCAGGGAUGCAUCACCCAUUACCAGCUUUCCCAACCAGCCAUUUGUGUUGGACUGGCCAUGCCUUCCUGGCUGGUGGCUGCUAAGAAGAAGCAGCGGGUCAGAGAGCUCUUUUUCAGUUUAUCUCAACACCAAACUAUGAGGCCGUGGCCCAUUUCUACCAGGUCCCUUUAAAGAAGGCCUGUAGGGAAGACACUGUCUGGUUUCCUUUUUUGUAGUUGACCACAGCAAGGAAUGUCACUUCCAUCCCAGCCACAGUUUUCUCAUGAGGGUCGAUCCAAGAAGGGCUUAUAGGAUCUGGCUGAAGGGAGCACCUCUCCUGAGCAGAGGGAUCAAAAGCCAUUGAGUGGGCGGAGGAGGAGCCUGCUUCUUGGUGUGCCUCCGUCGUAAGGUCCCUUUGAGCCCGUGCUGUGUUUGCCGUUGGCCAGCACUCCGUACUUAGGAGGAUUGAGAAAUCCACGUUUGCCUCCGUGGUUGAGAGGUCCCAGAUGUCGUGUCCACACGGAGGCAGGCCCCUCUUCUGACCACGCCAGCCCCAUUUUCUGCUCUUGGCGACAGAGGAGACAACAGGACGUUUACAGCCUCCACAUGGAUUUGGUGUUCUCGUACCUCAGUAUUACCGUGUUCAUGUUUGUCCACGCGCUUACCGUUAGCUCCCUGCUGUCUCCCGCAGGUCUCCCUCCAGCUCUUGCCUGUGACCCACACAGCCUGGGCUCUGCCUCUGCUCCAAGAAACGCUGUGGGGGCGGCGAGCCGCGAGGGCACGCUGUUGGGAAUGUGUACCUGGGCAGAAGUGGCCCUGUUAAGAUAUGCUCUUAGCCAAGGCCAGGGACCAAGUCCCUGGGAUCUUACACCUCACAGACGUCCGUCCUGACCCCUAGCAGCAGAGGUGAGAUUAAAGGGGUUGGUUUGCUGUGAAGUCAGCUGGGGGCUCUCCUGGUCCUGCUGUCCAUCUGGGCCACAGACAGGGAUGGACGGUCUUGCUGUUGCGCAGGUAGUUGGUGGUGUUGGAUUACCCCCCUGAAGCUGGGACGGCUGCUCCCUUCUCAUAGGGAUAACUUGGGUCUGUUGUCCUCCGAGAAACAUGAAACAUACGUCUUAAGCUGAACCACGUAAACUUGAAUUCCGCGCACUGGGAGACAUGUGUCCUGUGUUUCAAGGAUAAAACUGUUCCAAAGGCUUCCAGGGUCAUGAUGGGAUUUUUUAAAUAAAUGCAAAAAAUAAAAAUAAAAAAGAAAAAAGAAAACAAAAAAAAAAAAAAGAAAAAAAUGCUAGGUUGGGGAGGCGCUGUUCUGAAUCCCAACCGGCUGGAACCAAGAAUGUCGUUUCUAUUUUUAUAGAAGUUUUAUACAGCUCCGGGGUGGAGAAUAUUUAUUACCUAAAUUAUAUCUCUGGAAAAGGCCAGGAUUUUGUAGAAUCCAGAAUGUGAUUGUUGUACACGCAGGGUGCUGUGUAUGAUUGCGACUACUGACUUUCUGUGGCCGUCUGCAGCCCAGCUCCUCUGCCGGCGGGGAGGGGCUCAUGCUGUGACUGGGCGGAGGAGAGAGCUGUGCUCCGCAGGCCGCUGCCGGGGCUGUGACCCCAGCCUUCUGUUCUGUCUUCCUCCUGGGCCCUCGUGGGGUUUUCCGAAGCCCGGAACUCCACUCUCGUCCCACUUUCUCCCCUUUCUCUCCCUCCUCCCCCGUUUCACGAUUAUUUGUACACGUGUUUGUCCCGGGCUCUGGGACCUUAGGAAACCCCUUCCAUAUUGGCGUGAAAGGUGGAGGUAUAAUCAGCCCGCCUUUGGUACCUGGCCCUGAGGUCUCACGCCUGCGCGUGGGCUCUUGUUUCUGCCGGGAGCGUGCCCCUCCGCAGGGCCCUGAGCUGCCGCGGCGGCCCGCUGGUGAGCCCAGGCCCUGCGCUCUGCUCUCUUGCCCCUGCCCAGCGGUUCUCACGGCCGUGCUGCCCGUGAGCACAGUUCUCUCCCCAGGCCAAAGACGGCUUUGUGAAGAAGCUGCUCCCCGACAGGUCUCGCGGUGUGAGAGGGUUUAGCGCGGAGAGGGGAGAUGCGCAGUCAAGUCUUAAGCCACCCUUUUCUGUUGUGUGGGGGUUUCACGUACAUAAAUCAUAAAUGUGUCUUUUGCUGUCGUUUCGUUUCUUCCUUGGGUUUCAUCAUGACAUUGAUUUGCCGUGAAUGCAGCCAGACAUUGUCCCCUGGGUCCCACGAGAGUGGCCAGGGCCUGCAUGGAAGCUAAGAGCUUGGAUUUCUGGGAACAAAGGGCCGUCCCCAUAGGAGUGAGGCGAGGUCCUGGCCUAAUUCCCUAAAGAGUGCUCCCCACCCCAGCCAGCCGCUGCGACGUGCUCCCCGAGUCUCGACCAGGAGGGCGGGGGAGAGGCCGAGCCCCUGCGCCACCCGCGACGCGGUCGGGUUGGGCGGUCGGGCGCUUCUGGGGAAAUCCAAGCCUUAGGCUCCCUCUGUCUCUGGCAGUUGGAUGUUUCCUUGGUGUCCUCCAUGUCCUUUUUUUGACUUUUCCCUGUGUCCAUUGUUAGCAUGUGCGGAAGUUCCCUGUCCUUGCCCAGCCCUACCCCGCCCGCCUCCUCAUUUCGGGGCUGUGCACAGUGAGUGUUCCUGUUCUCUCGCUCUUUGUUUGGAUGUAUUGCUCUGUGUAACUCAGUGGGUCUCCCUCUUUCUGGUUUGUUUUUUUUUCUAGAUUCCUGCCGUUUGUUCAUCGUUGUGCCUAAAGCAUGUCGAUGUGGCGUCAAGUACAUCGUCCAAAUCCCUGUCUCUUCAGCUUCUCUGAUGCUUGAACUCUCACCUUUGACCUUGUGUUGACCUUUGAUGCUGAUGUGUAUUUUUAUUAUGUUUGUUUCUUUCUUUGUUUUUUCUUUUUUCUUUCCUUUUUUUUUUUCUUUGUGCUGCCAAAUUGGUUUUGCUAGAACGACUGCUGAAGGGGAAAUAUUUAAACGUGCAUUUGAAUAUAAAAAAAUCUAUUUUUCUAGAACUUCAUAAGAUAACCACUUGAUUUUGUGAUUCCAAUUCUUUGUAAUUGUCUUCAGAGCAGCCCUACUAGCACAUACCGCGUGGUGUUUGUAUUUCUGUGAACACACAGCCAGUCCGUUUCUAGGCUUUGUUUCUCUGUGUGCUUCGUUUUAAAGACAACUUUGAAGUAAACAAUGAAAUAAAAGAUGUCACUAAAA